AAACGAGACCGCUGAUACACGCACCUACAACAGCUCUAAGCGCAUGCGCAGUGUGCACGCAGGCACGCAAAUAAUGUAUUAAAGGAAUUAGUGACACCCGUUUCACUAAAAGCUGAUAUUUCAGAUUAAUUUCUGCUACAGAUUUAACCGUUUAGAUGAUUAAAAAUACGUACAUCAUGGUCAGAAGCAUCUGGGCUUCUCUCGUCUGUUUGCUUAUGGUGUUUAUAGAUGAAGUUUCUCUGCAAGAAACAGUUGAGGGUUUCAUCGGAAGUUCUGCAGUUUUGCCGUGCCAUUCUGGUAACAAGCGACUUCAAGCCAUUACAGCACACUGGAGAUACAAAGACGUCAAGAACGUUUACGACAUACUAGAUGGCAAAGGAUCAGUAAAGGAGCAGGAUUCAGCAUUCAAGAGCAGAGCUGCAACGUUCCCUGUGGAGUAUAUGAAAGGCAACUUCUCACUCUCACUCGGGAAUCUUCGACAGACUGAUGCUGGGACAUACUGCUGCUUCAUCCCUGAUGUUGGUCACCACCAAUGCACAGAGCUACAAAUUAAAGAGAGACCAAGGGGACUCCAGGAGCAAGACAAACCAAGCUCAAGAAGCAAUGGAGUUGAAGCAAAAGCAGAGAAGAUUGUGUCUCUGUUGAUUCCUUUCUUCUCUAUUACUAUUCUGAGCUGUAUUUGAGAUGUGACUGCAGUGAGUUAAGCAGUGUGUGCUUCAGUAGCAGAGCUGCAAUAAGCCUUUUCUCUGCUAUGUUAUGAAUAAAGCUCAAACAUCUUGUACCUGGAAUCAAAACCUUUUGAAUUGGGACUUCCCUGUUUUCUUCUGUGUAUUCACUGGACCACAGUAGGAACCACAAUAUUACAUUUUGUGUUGUUUAUCUUGACCAAAUUGUGACAAACAUUUGGACACACACAUGACAGUGUCCUUAACAUUUCUGACCUGUUACGGAUCUGUGGGUAGACGCCAUAUUUAAUCAAACAGUGAAUGAAAUGUUGAGUACAGUCUGUUCAAUGGACUGUACUGUUGUCUACUUUAUUGUCAAACAUUCAGUGGACAAAACCCAAAAAUGACCAGGGUUGAAAAAGAAAGAAGAAAAAAAUAGACAUGACCUAAGAAAUGAAGACAAUGCAAUUAUCAGUUAAUACAUACGAAAAAUAUGCUCAAUUGAAUGUAUUUGACAUAUAUCAGCUUCAUUUUCAUUUGCAUAAAAUUAAAUGCGCCGUCUACCCUGACGUCCAUUAAAUUUUCUGGAAUCCUGAUGUUCUGAUGAGAUGCUCUUGCUAAUGCUUUUUUUAUAUGAUAAUUAAUUGUUUGUAAGCUAUUUACAGGUUAUAAAGAGCUCUUCUGUUUUACAUAGUUUAGUUGCACUAAAGUGAACUCACUAGCUUUAUGUAUUUAUUUGAUCUAUUUAUGUAAAUUAUCAAUUUAAUUUAUUGUUGUAACAGUGCAAUGUGGACUAGAGUUGUUAAAGUUAAGGUAAUGUACAUUUAUUCUUGUAACUAUGUGUGAAAAUUAUUUUGCUUGACUGACACUAAAAUGAGCUCCCUAUCUUAUUUGUUUAUUUAUUUAAUUUAACAUGUAAAACAUGUUAACUCUGGUGUGUAACUGUGCUAUGCUGACUUGAGUAAUGUAAGUGUGCAAGUAUUACGAUACUAGUGCAAGUAAAGUUUGCUUCUUGUAA